UUUUCGUAAAAGUCCUUCAUUCCCACAAAGUGAGGCCACCUCUCCCCCACACAACAUGCAGCCUUCCAGGCUCACCCAAGGGCCAAAGCCCGGGGACCCUGGGGUCUGGCAGGUGAGGCCCUUGAUGGGCACCCUAGUGUUCUGAUCCUAAGCCCAAGCUGCCCAGGUGCCCACUCGGGCUCAAGCUAGAAAACCGACGUGGCAAAGGAGGACUCGAAAAGCUACCUCACACCCAGUUCAGGGUGAAGUCCCAACCUCAGUGCGUGGUACCUACUUACAGCCCUGGCAUCUCACUGCUGACCCACCAGGGGAUCCAGAUUGGUGGUGGCGGGAGAGGGGAGGAUGGUGGAGUUGGGUUGGUACAGGAUGGAGGUGAAGAUGUAAAAAUGGGAAAAAGAAACCAGACUGGGUGGGGAUGUGGGGUGGGAACACGGGUGGGGAUGGACUUGGGGCAGCCUCCGAUAUCCACAGCUUUUGGCCCGCUUUGGAGAGGUAGGUAGGGUUGUGCGUUACCACCCCCACCGCCCCCCCCCCACACACCGGAAAAUAAAGCUAAUGAUGUAGUAAUUUAGGAGGGGGUAAGGGGCUGGGCGACCGGAGGGAGGGCCGAUGGGGAACUCGUGCCCCAAGAGCGAAGACAAACAGCUGUGGCGGCUCUGUCCGCCGCUCAGGCUUCCCAACAGGUUAGCUAGACGGGGACCCACCCGGCAUUUCGCAGGAAGGUGGGGAGGAGUGUGUGCGGGGGGGAGGCAGGCUGAGCGAGACGGGGGAGAGCCUCGCAAGAGGACAGAGGGUGGGAGGAAGGAAAAGAGAGAUAGGAGGAAAAACGCACGCCGGCGCGGUUUAAAAGGAGACACACUUCCUAAUGAAUAUUUAUCCGCCUCUGCUUCCUGCUCCUGGCUUCCCUUACCUUGCCGCAGGUCAGUCCAUGGUAUUCCGCUCCCCCCUAGACCUCUAUUCCUCCCACUUCUUGUUGCCAAACUUCGCCGAUUCUCACCACCGCUCCCUACUUCUGGCGAGUAGCGGCGGCGGGACCGGUGCGGGAGGAGGCGGCGGCGGCGGCGCGGGCGGCGGCGGCGGGAACUGUGCGGGAGGCGGCGGUGCUGGCGGAGCAGGCGGCGGCGGCAGCGGCGGCGGCUCCAGGGCCCCCCCGGAAGAGUUGUCCAUGUUCCAGCUGCCCACCCUCAACUUCUCGCCGGAGCAGGUGGCCAGCGUCUGCGAGACGCUGGAGGAGACGGGCGACAUCGAGCGGCUGGGCCGCUUCCUCUGGUCGCUGCCCGUGGCCCCCGGGGCGUGCGAGGCCAUCAACAAGCACGAGUCGAUCCUGCGCGCGCGCGCCGUGGUCGCCUUCCACACGGGCAACUUCCGCGACCUCUACCACAUCCUGGAGAACCACAAGUUCACCAAGGAGUCUCACGGCAAGCUGCAGGCCAUGUGGCUCGAGGCGCACUACCAGGAAGCCGAGAAGCUGCGCGGCCGCCCGCUCGGCCCGGUGGACAAGUACCGCGUGCGCAAGAAGUUCCCGCUGCCGCGCACCAUCUGGGACGGCGAGCAGAAGACGCACUGCUUCAAGGAGCGGACUCGGAGCCUGCUGCGGGAAUGGUACCUGCAGGACCCCUACCCCAACCCCAGCAAGAAACGAGAACUGGCGCAGGCCACCGGCCUCACUCCCACACAAGUAGGCAACUGGUUUAAGAACCGGAGGCAGCGCGACCGCGCCGCGGCGGCCAAGAACAGGCUCCAGCACCAGGCCAUUGGACCCAGCGGCAUGCGCUCGCUGGCCGAGCCCGGCUGCCCCACGCACGGCUCGGCAGAGUCGCCGUCCACGGCGGCCAGCCCCACCACCAGCGUGUCCAGCCUGACGGAGCGCGCGGACACCGGCACCUCCAUCCUCUCGGUAACCUCCAGCGACUCGGAAUGUGAUGUAUGAUACCCGAGGCCGCCCUCCUCCCGCUCUGUCCCCUCCUCGCCCCCUCCUCCUCCUCGACCUCUUCCUCCUCCUCCUCUUCCUCCUCCAGCCCCAGAACAAACCGGUAUCAGGACACACGAUCAUGCACACAACGUACACACACACUCCUACCCCCAGCCAAACAUCUAUAAAAACCAAGAAAAAUAAAUUUAACGCAAAACCAUCAACAACCCCCAACCACCAUCUACCACCACGGCCACCCCAAAGGACCGCGACGCCGACAGACAGCCACAGGCGCUGAUGUCGUGGGCGGAAAACGUAAAAGAGGUGACAAUUGUAUACUUUCUAGGACAAGCACGGCUUCUCCUUUCGGUUCCCACGGACCCGGCACCCCGCCUGCAUGACGAUUUAUUUGUAUCUGGGAAAAUAUUCUCUCUAGUUUAAAACGAUUUAAAAAGAAUCGACUAUACAAAAACCGACCACCACCACGAUGACAAGACAACAAAAGCAAAACAGACGAAAAGAAAAAAAAAAUAAAACCACCAUCCCCUUCGGAAUUUGUUUUUAACAAAACAAAACAAAACAAAACAAAAAACUCCUGGAGAGGGAAAUAGCAAAUGUUCCUGGCCUUUUGUUGCUCUCUCUCUCUUCCUCCUCUCUCUCUCUCUCUCCCUCCCUCUCUCUCUCUCUCUCUCUCUCUCUGUUUUUAAGUCCAAGUAUUGGUCAAACAAGAUGCAAUUUUCUGUUUUUUGUUCAGCAGACAAUCAUUUUCUUCGUAAGCACCUUUUUCUCUCCACUCUGUCACUGCCUGUGUGGGUACUGGUUAUAAAUGUGGAAAAAGAAUAGUUAUGACUGUAACAGAUUUUUAUUUUUAUUUCAAAAUUUUAUAUGAAUUAUGUAUAUCUUAAUGAUCGGUCAUUUUCCCAGUUUGUAAUAUAUGUGUAGAAAUUGCCUGUAUAUGAUAUUGCUUUUUCUCCUCUCCCUUUCUUCCCUUCGCUCUUCUCCAUCCUCCUCCCCCCUCCCUGCUCACCUGUCUCUUUCCUUUUGGGAGAUUCCUCUCCCCCUCGGUGUCCCAGGCUUCCACCUGGCAGUUAGGGCGUGCUGGGGGGCUAGGGUAAGAUGAGGGACCCUGUUGCUAGCGAAAGCGGAGAGUGAGACCGUAGUAUUCUUAUGCAAGAGCUAUUUCAAGUAUUUCCUAGCUGCUUUGGAGAUAUCUCUCACUCCCCGUAGGGCGCUUUCACUGUUAUCUUAACUGCGUGUUUAUCUAUAUGUAAAAACUUUCUAAAGCAAAUACAGUAUUCUCCAUUUUCUUAUCA